GAAACCAAACGGCUACAGCAACGUCGCCACAAGAAAUCCCACAAACUCUCGUUUUCAUGAUCCCAAAAUUUUGGAUUUCGAGUUCGAUGAGAUCAUGCCCCCCAAUCGAAUCAUUUUCGCUUCAACCUCAUUACAAUUCAGAUUCAUCACAAUCUACUAUUUGUUUCAUAACGAUUAACGAACCAUGUUCUCAAUCGAGCAUUAGGGUUUAAUACCAACCAACAUUAUGGAAACAUUACAGGAUCUGAUCGAAGAAGCAAAGCUUCGUACUGUAUGGUGGGCUAUUUGUAUUUUCGCUGUUACGUACUUUUUAACCCACACCAGUAAAUCGAUGUGGAUGAAUGUUCCUAUAGCAAUUCUUCUGGUAUCAGGCGUUCACAUUUUAAUAACCGAAGUGGAUUUCCAUUGGAAGAUCAGGAAAUCACGGCGACAUUCAUAUCUAGCACACUUGGAGAAAAAACAAUUGUCUGUGAAUGAUUCUCGUCUCAACACCUUGCCUCCUCCACCUAAAUGGAAACGGAAGAUUGAUUCUCCAGUAGUUGAGGCUGCCAUGGAAGAUUUUACUAACAAGAUUUUACAAGAAUUUGUUGUUGAUCUCUGGUAUUCAGAUAUAACACCUGACAAGGAAGCUCCACAGCUCAUACAUGCUAUUAUCAUGGAUAUUCUUGCUGAAAUUUCCAUGAGAGUCAAAGACAUAAACCUUGUUGACAUGCUAACAAGGGAUGUAGUUGACCUAGUAGGGGAUCACCUAGAGCUUUUCAGGAAAAACCAAGCUUCUAUUGGGAGGGAGGUUAUGGUGACACUAUCUUCUGAAGAAAGAGAUGAAAGGUUAAAACACCAUCUCAUGGCUUCAAAGGAGCUUCAUCCAGCUUUGAUAUCUCCCGAGAGUGAGUACAAGUUUCUUAAGCGGAUUAUGGGAGCACUUUUGGCUGCUGUUCUUAGACCACGAGAAGCUCAAUGCCCUUUAGUUCGAUGCAUUACACGAGAGCUUUUAACCUGCUUAGUAAUGGAACCUGUAAUGAGAUUCGCAAGCCCUGGGCGUAUCAAUGAGUUGAUUGAGGGUAUUUUUCUUGCUACCAAUAAGGGAGAGAAAGAAACAGCUGAUGAUCAAUCUAAUGUAACUGUUCAACCCCAGAAUCAACCUUCUGUUAAUGAAAAAGGUCCAGAGUCAAACAGUGGGUCUUCUUCUAGUCAAAAGUUAGAGAAAACACCAUCUACUUCUAACAUCCAAAAGGAAUCUUCUACAACUGUAAACCCAUCUGCUACCAUGGCUAGUGGGCCCAUCCAAGAUGACUCAAUGCCUACACGGACUUCUGAUUGGGCCCGUGUUCUUGAAGCAGCAACCCAAAGAAGGACAGAAGUUCUUCAACCAGAGAAUCUUGAAAACAUGUGGACUAAAGGAAGAAACUAUAUGAAGAAAUCUCAAAAGAAUUCUGCUUCUGGUAUCAUAAAAGGUGGAAUCAAUGAGAAUUCUAAUCUUGAUACAGGAUUUGAUCAACAAAGAGACCAAAAUCUUGAUGUUGGACAAAACAAGACAACACCAACUCGGUUAUCUUUAGUUGAUGACAAUAUAAAUUUUGAUUUUGGAAGUGAUGGGAAGUUGAAGAGAUUAAAUAGUGCAUCUGAGUCAAACAUUCAAACUUUGAGUGAAACUGCAUCUCCAAUUCAAGUUGGAGGAACUGGAACUAUUAUCCCAGAGUUCUAUAGUGUGAAUCCUGGAAGAGAUAAUGAUGUACAAAGUGUUGAUAAUAUUGCUUCUGAUAAUAAAGUGAUAAGAACUGAAGGGUAUGUUCCAAAGCUUAGGUGUCGGGUUUUAGGAGCAUUCUUUGAGAAUAUUGACUCAAAAUCCUUUGCAGUGUAUUCAAUUGCAGUGACAGAUGCUGAUAACAAAACUUGGUUUGUGAAAAGAAGAUACAGGAAUUUUGAAAGAUUACACAGACAUCUUAAGGACAUUCCCAAUUACACAUUACAUUUGCCUCCUAAAAGAAUAUUCUCAUCUAGCACAGAAGAUGCAUUUGUUCACCAACGAUGUAUACAGCUUGAUAAAUAUCUCAAAGAACUUUUGUCUAUUGCUAAUAUCGCUGAGCAACAUGAAGUAUGGGACUUCUUGAGCAUGUCUUCAAAAAGUUACUCUUUUGGAAGGUCAUCCUCUGCAGUGAGAGCCUUAGCAGUCAACGUGGAUGAUGCUGUGGAUGACAUUGUACGCCAAUUCAAAGGUGGAAGAAUGCGAAAAUCCGUGGGCCCGGAAGGUGAAAAAGAUAAUAAGACAAUUAUUAACAAUGAGGAAAUGGAAUCAAUGGGACAAGUUUACGGGGGCUAUUUGGACAAUGAGGUCAAUUUUAAAUCAGGACUUUCACCCAAAAUUGUUAAUAAAAAUGAUGAACAGAAUAAAAUUUUGGUUUUGGAAAAGAAAAAUAGUUCAGAGGUCAGAUCUGAAGUGUUGACCAUGGCUGCAAAUUUUUCCUUCAAGUUCUAA